AUGAACAACAACACUUCUGUUGUCGACAACAGCACGACAACCACAGCAUAUCCACUGAAAAACCAAACAGCAAAUCAGAACACAGCAACAACUAGCAGUACUGCAACAACUAGCAGUACUGCUACGUUGAGCCAAGAGGCAAAGGAGGAGCAGGUGAACGAGCUGCUGAAUCAAACUCAGGAUGCGUCCAAGCUCAGCUCCUCUCAGGUGGAGCAAAUAGUGGGGCAGUUGGAGAAGCUGCUGGAAGGCCCCUCUGUCUCUCAGUCCGUGGGACAAAAAGCCAUCAACAUCAUCAGCAACUUGAUGGAGGGCGACGCUGGGGCCCUCUCUGGGUCGGCCAACAGGCUGAUUGGAGUCGUGGACACCGUGGCUCUGAAGCUGGCCGUCAGCGGCGACCGAGGGAUCAUCUCGUCAGAGUCGCUGGUCCUGGCGAUCAGGACGGUGGACGGAACCAACUUCCCCGCAACAUCUGUCGACAUCUUCAACACUGAUAAUGUCCAGCUCCGUGGUCUCAGCAGGUCCAGGUCUAAGAGGUCCGGUUCUGCUCUGGGUUCUGUUUUCUUGCCCUCCACCCUGACGUCAGGUCUCAGUCCUGAGCAGCAACAACAGGCCAGCAGGGUCCAAUUCACCUUUUACACUAAAAGCGUCUUUUUCCAGGACUCAGCAUUAGACAACACAACCUUCGUCAGUCCAGUUCUGGGCUCCAGUGUUGCCAAUUUGUCAAUAAGCAACUUGAGUGAGGACAUUCGGUUUACCAUCCAAAAUAUCAACCCUGUAAAUGGAAACUUUGUGGCCUCCUGCGUAUUUUGGGACUUCAGUCGGAAUGGUGGAAAUGGAGGCUGGAGCUCUGCCGGCUGCUUUGUUGUCAACACCACAUCGGAGGAAACAAUUUGCAGCUGCAACCAUCUCACGGCAUUUGCAAUACUGAUGGACUUGUCCAGAGAAGGAAUAACCGAUCGUGAGCACGCACAAAUUCUAACGUUCAUCUCCUACAUCGGCUGCGGAAUCUCGGCUAUUUUUCUUUCCAUCACUUUACUGACGUACCUUUCAUUUGUGAAACUGCUGCGAGACAUUCCGGCCAAGAUCCUGGUGCAGCUCUGCUUGUCCCUCCUCCUCCUCAACCUGGUGUUCUUAUUGGACGGCUGGCUGGCGCUCUACCCGGCGAUCGGGCUGUGUAUCAGCACCGCCUUCUUCUUGCACUACUUUCUGCUGACGUCGUUUACCUGGGCCGGGUUGGAAGCUCUGCACAUGUACCUGAGCAUCGUGCGGGUGUUCACGCCUUACCUGAGCAAAUACAUGCUCAAGUUCACACUGAUAGGCUGGGGUAUUCCUCUCAUCGUGGUGAUCAUCAUAAUAGCAGUAGACAAAGACAACUACGGUCUGGUUACAUAUGGAAAAUACACAGAUGGCACCACAGACGACUUCUGUUGGCUGCGUAACGACAUCGUCUUCUACGUGGGCGUGGUGGCGUACUUCCUGCUGAUAUUCGCCGUGUGCCUGCUGGUCUUCAUCGUCGUCAUGGUCCAACUGUCUCGGAUCAAGAAGCAGAACCCUCAGAACCAGUCUGCGAACAGAGGAGCGUUGACGGACAUGCGCAGUGUCACCGGCCUCAUCGUUCUGCUCGGCCUCACCUGGGGCUUCGCUCUGUUCGCCUGGGGUCCGCUCUACCUGCCCUUUGUUUACCUCUUCUCAAUAUUCAACUCUCUGCAAGGUUUCUUUAUCUUUGUUUUCCACUGUGCUGUGAAGGAGAACGUCCGCAGACAGUGGCGGACUUAUCUCUGCUGCGGGAGACUGCGAUUGGCUGAAAACUCUGAUUGGAGUCGCACGGCCACUCAGAACAACAGGUCGAUGGGCACGGUCUUCACCUCAGUUCCCCACUCGGCCUCUUGGACCUCCUCUGUCGCCAGCGAUGGCACCAAUAGCAGCGGGUCUGUGUUUGUAGACAGCGGAAUAUCCGACGGCUCCCAAGGCGACGUCCUGCUCAACGAUCUCCACAGACGAAACGUGCUGUUACAGGGCGAGGUCUGACGGCUGUGUCGAGGUUGGGGGGGGGGGGGUAAACAGGACU